AGCUCUUUCCGGUGAAGACGUGGCUAGCAAGAGAAGUUCUACCAUAUUGAGCUGUGUGGUUGAACACGCAAGUGUCUGCAAGAAUAUUAAUAUUUAGACACGAAUCAGUGGUGAGAGAUAAACAUAACACAUUUUUGGGGGACAUAAAGGACAUCACAAACACAAUGGUGCUGUUGGCAGCGGCGGUGUGCACAAAGGCGGGCAAGGCAAUAGUUUCCCGUCAGUUUGUGGAGAUGACAAGGACACGUGUGGAAGGCCUGCUGGCGGCCUUCCCCAAGCUGAUGAACACAGGCAAGCAGCACACCUUCGUGGAGACGGAGAGCGUGCGCUACGUUUACCAGCCCCUGGAGAAGCUCUACAUGGUCCUGGUCACCACCAAGAACAGCAACAUCCUGGAGGACCUGGAGACGCUACGGCUCUUUUCCCGCGUGAUUCCUGAGUACUGUCGAGUGCUGGAGGAGAGUGAGAUCUCUGAGCAUUGCUUCGACCUCAUCUUUGCGUUUGAUGAGAUCGUGGCUCUGGGCUACAGGGAGAACGUGAACUUAGCCCAGAUCCGCACCUUCACAGAGAUGGACUCUCACGAGGAGAAGGUGUUCCGCGCUGUCCGGGAGACCCAGGAGAGGGAGGCUAAGGCAGAGAUGAGACGGAAGGCCAAGGAGCUCCAGCAGGCCAGGCGAGAUGCCGACCGCUCAGGGAAGAAGUCGCCUGGGUUUGGUGGGUUUGGCAGCACAGGGAUCUCCAGUGGAAGCACGGCUACCAUUAUCACAGAUACUCUCAUGGAGCUUGAGAAGCCCAAGGUGGCCCCCACCACUAUCAGGCCUAGUGGUCCCAGCAAGGCCUUGAAGCUGAGUGCCAGAGGGAAAGAGGUGGAUGACUUUGUGGACAAGCUCAAGUCUGAGGGCGAGAACAUCAUCCUGCCCAGCUCUGGCAAGAGACUGUCUGAUGCUUCCAAAACCCUCACCCCACCAGUCAACACAGAGAGCGUGCACCUGCGCGUCGAGGAGAAGAUCAGCCUGACCUGCGGGAGAGACGGCGGGCUGCAGAACAUGGAGGUCCUGGGGAUCAUCACCCUCAGAGUCUCGGACGAGAAGAGCGGACGCGUCCGCCUCAACAUCAACAAUGGAGACAAGAAGGGAGUGCAGCUGCAGACACACCCUAAUGUGGACAAGAAGCUGUUCACGUCAGAGUCGGUGAUAGGCCUGAAGAACCCCGACAAGUCCUUCCCCAUUAACAACGACGUGGGCGUGCUCAAGUGGAGGCUACAGACCACGGACGAGGCCCUCAUCCCACUAACGAUAAACUGCUGGCCUUCUGAGAGUGCCACCGGCUGUGACGUCAACAUCGAGUACGAGCUCCAGGAGGAGGCUCUGGAGCUCAACGACGUGGUCAUCUGCAUCCCCAUCCUCCCAGGCGUGGGUUCCCCUGUGAUCGGUGACCUGGAUGGGGAGUAUCGCCAUGACAGCCGGCGGAACGUUCUGGAGUGGUGUUUACCCGUGGUAGAUGUUAAGAACAAGACUGGAAGCCUGGAGUUCAGUGUGGCCGGCCAGCCCAACGACUUCUUCCCCAUCACCGUCUCCUUCGUAUCCAAGGGCAACUACUGCGACAUCCAAGUCACCAAAGUGUCCCAGGUGGACGGAGAAAGCCCUGUCAGGUUCUCAUCAGAGACGUCCUUCCUGGUUGACAAGUACGAAAUCCUGUAAAGCGGGAUAGAUGUGCAUAUACAUAUAUAUCCACAUACUACCAACAAGAGGAUGACAAGAUCAGUGGACUGGGGAGUGAUAAAGGAAAGGAAAGAAAAGGAGAUGGGGGUUGGCUGCUUGCCUGUUCAUCACUACCAGUUCAUCAACAGGACUUGAACCCCUAUCAGAAGCCCUUGCACCAUGGCUUGCAGUAUGUGGUGUAUUUGUACCUUUUUACCAGAUAUCUAUAAAUGGAUGUAAAGCUGUAUGUUAGCGGAUGGCGCCAGCUGGAAGGAACGGUAGACAUGCAGGAGAAGAUAACCUGUCAGAGCUGUUUGGGUUGGCUGAGCAGGUGUGUUGACUCGAAGAGGAUAGACUGAGGACAAGCUCUUUAAAGUAAAUGUUCUUAGUGAUUUUCAUCAGCUGACAUGAAUGACCAUGUACACACCCUCUUUAAAUAUACACCCUGGCUUUAUAUGUUGAGGCUCUGCCUUGGCUACACAACGUGACAGGGACUCUGCUUUGUUUGCCGUUAGACUUCACACGACCACGUUUGAGAGACCACGUUAUUUAAGAAAGAAUGUCAGUUAAAAUCCUGUUUGUGUGGUAAAAUGUUGAAGACCUGGCCACAGCAUAGUUUUGAAGUCAGUCAUGUGGCAUUCACACACAUUCAGUUUAAUGCUCUUUUGGAGUAAAGGGUUCCCGUUAAAGAGACUAUUUAUUCUUACAUAGCAUAAGAUAACACAACCAUAGAAACACAGAGGAUCCUCUUACAUAAACAAUAAUCUUCCCUGUCAAUCACCAGAACGCCGACCCACCAGCUGUGAGACAAGUUGCCAUGAUUAUGACUGAAUGUCCCAAGUCGUCUUGUUUCUCUGGGCAUAGGAAUGACCAUAUUCACUCUGACUGUGCUUAUUGAGCGAGGGAAAGUUCAUAUUUGUCUUUGUUGGAUUUUGUUUUGUUUGUAUCCUGAAUUUUGUGGGAUUCAGAUUGUGGGUUGGGGAGAUUAAAAGUAAAAAAAAUUGUAACCCUAUAGAAUAAUGAAAAAAAAGGGUGAUUACAGUUAACAUUCCAAAUGUAAACAUGAAAAGAUUAAAGUGUAUUAUAAAUCCUGA